AUGUGGAGGUUUGGGCUUGCAAGCUUAUCAGCAUGCGCUGCAGGAUAUCUUGGCUACGACUAUUACACUCGCACUGCUCUCCCAUUUCCAGCUCUUACUAAAUGGCAGGUUGAGAACUCUGAUGCGUUUAUCGUCUAUGUUCCUCAAGAAAAAGAAAAUUUCAUAGAUCGCUUGAAACAAAUUAAUUUUCCUGUUUUCUACCUAUCUAAAGACAAAGAGCCCUCAUCAUUAGGACUUACAUUUAAUGACAACUCCAGCUCCCUUUAUUUUGUCCGCAAAAUAGGCUCACGGCUUGUAUACACAACCCUUGAGCUCCCAGAAAAGCUUAAUAAAUGGCUUACUCCCCCCUCCGUGAUUGAACAAAACCAUUAGAAAAAUCGCCAUUUUUUGCCCAAAAACCCACCCUCUGUGAGUGAACAAAAAUUUUUUAAUAGAAAAAUUUUUUAUAGAAAAAAAUUUUGAUAUAUAAGUGAUAAUUAGUAUAAUGAAAUCUCGAGCAAUUCUGUGUAAUUUUAAACAAAUUGCGUUUUAAAACAUAAAUUUUAUAAAUUAAAUUAAUAUUCGCUUUCCAAUUUUUGCAAAUUAGGAUUUUUUUUAAAAUUUCGAAAAAAAAAAAACUUUAUAAAAUUUAUAUAUAAAUUGUUUUAAAAAAAAAAUAAUUAACCCCCCUCUGUGAGCUGUGAGUGAACAAAAUCUUUUUGUUCACUCACGGAGGGGGGAGUUAGUUAUUUUACUCAGCCUGACAUCAAAAUUUCUUCUUUAAAAGAAAUGGAAAAUCUGCUGAAAUCAAGGAAAAAAAAAUAUUUCUUAGACAACAUUGUAGCUGCGUAUGUGCCAGAAGGAAAUGCUGAAUUAGAAAAGAAAUAUAAUUAAAAUAUGGCGUCUCCGCCUAGCAUGACCUUCCGGCCAUGCAACUUCCGAGCACAUAUUUUAAUUAUAUCCGGCAAGGUUUUAGUAACCCAGAAAUGGACAGCAAUGCUAGGUAAGCAAUUCUGGCAGCGUUCAGAGCCUAGUCCUCAGUCCAAAUUCAGGAUUAGUUUUUUACCUCGAAGGGAGGAGGGUUCAGGUUUGGAAAGGGCAAGCCCAGCUAAGUCUACAGGGAACACCUAGACCAAUCAGGCAAGUGCCUAGCGUGAAACUGGGAGUUACGUCCCAAGACUUGAAAUUUUCCUUUUUGCCGAGAGAUCACCAGAAAUUCCAUUUUUUGGGAUUUUUGUGGGUCAACUUCGUAUAUCCAAGCAGCAGCCGCAGAAAUCCAUAGCCCGCCCACUCAACACUCAAGCUGCAAGGGGAGGAGUAGACGUCCAGGUGAAAUCUCACUUCAGAAUACCAUGCCACCAGGAGCUGAAGAAGGGGAAAGGCAGUGUUAGAGCUGAACUUGGCCAGCGAAUCAUUUGUCCCAACUAGAGCAAGGUGAAUCCGAAGACGGCGCAAAGCAGGUGAACCCCGCAUUGGUGUCCUUGGUGACUGCGUAAUCAAAAUGGCAGACACCUUCUAAUUUCUAAGUUAAGUUAAGAAUUAGAAAAGAAAUGGCAAGAUUUAAUCCAUCAUUUGCAAUUUGAUGACCAAAUGAGCAAUUUGAUGUAUUCUUAUGCUUCCUCAUUUUUUAAAUUUGUGAGGAUUACUGAUAGAGAGACAGCUGAAGAGCUUGGGCUGAUUUCAGGAGAAAAUGAGUUUGCAGUGCAAAGGAUCAGGGAUUGCAGAGGAUGGUUUCACUCAAAAAAGCCGAAAUCUGCAUAUGUCGAUAUUAGCAGCUUGAGAAAUUAUAUUGAAAAUACUCUUAAAGAUGAGUUCAAAAUCAAUGCCCAUUCUAUGCAGCUAAAAUUGAAAAUCUUUUUUGAUAAAUUUGUUUUAGGCGAAACAAAUGAUCCAGCCAAAAAGCAAUUCACUGAUUUAAAAGAGCUUGCCUUAGAAAUGGCUAAAAUUGACCCUUUGAUACUUCCUUUAUGGACUGUUAAAGAUCUACAGAUGACAAUUCCAAAGCUAGCCCAGCACCUUCUUUCAAAAAAUGCUAAAUUUUUAGUUGUCAGUAUAAAUAAAGACCAUGAAGAAAAUGAUUUGUCAGAUUUACAAGCAAUAAUGGGGCAGCUUAGGCUUGAAGAAUUUGCGAGAAACCAUAAAGAUGUGCUGGUUUUAGUUGGGUGUCCAAAAAUUUUGUAUCAUGUGCCUAUUAGAGAUUUAUGCAUAUAUCACCUUGGGCCUGUAGAAAUUAGACUGCUUACAGUUAAUGAGAAUGCUGUAGAAAAAUCUGCGAUUUUAGAAGAAGGGAUGAGCUUGGAAGAUUUAUUGAAAACUGAGGAGCCUUAUUUUGAAAGGAGUUUUACGAAGCCAGAACAAGUUGCAGAAGUGCUCUCUAGAAAUGAUAUAUAUGAAAAAGUAAUAAAGCCAAAUGAUCAAUGCUAUUUUAUUAUGAAUUGCUCAAGACAUUGCCCAGCAUGCACCUACCAAGACCCAUAUUUCCAACUUGCAGCUCAAAACAGCAAAAGAUGCAAUUUCGCGAAAUUUUAUGUUUCCAACCAAAACCCUCAUUUUAAGUCCCCUAACGCCACCCCAACUUACCACCUUUGGCUCCCAGGCAAAAAAGAGCCUAUAGUUUACGAAGCCAGAAAGCAUGGAUUAGCCCCUGACAAUUUCUUAGGAUUUAUUGACACACAUUUAGAUCAACCUAAUCCUUAA